UUUACCAAUCAACGACUUGAUCAAAGGUCUCACAGGCUGUGGGCGACUGCCAGUUCAGGCGCGGAGUGUGGAGAAACGCCAUGCCUUUAAACAUCUACUUUUGUGGAAGUAUCCGAGGAGGAAGGCAGGAUGUGGCCGUGUACGAGAAGCUAGUGAAGGCGUUGCAGAAAUACGGGAAAGUGCUAACCGAGCAUGUGAGCGACAGGGCGAUUUCCGAGAAAGGAGAGGACGCCUUCAACCGCGACAAAGCCAUUCAUGACAGGGACCUGGAGUGGCUGCAGGAGGCUGAUGUGAUUGUAGCUGAGGUUACACAGCCAUCCCUUGGUGUUGGGUAUGAGCUGGGCAGAGCUGUGGCUAUGAACAAACGGAUUCUGUGUCUUUUCCGCCCUUCCAGUGGUCGAGUUCUUUCUGCGAUGAUCAGAGGAGCAGAGACAGCGGGCAGCAUGUUUAAGGUCCAGGACUAUACGGAGGAGGAGGCCGAGAAAGUUAUUGAAGAAUAUUUCACCAGACUUGACCAGAAGAGGACAUUGUGAUUUGAAGAGACGCCCUCCACUUUGAAGGACAAGGUUUUGAUUUGGACACACUGUCUAGUUUGGUUAUUUAAUCAGACUCUAAAAUGUAUUUUGACUUUAUAAUAAAGGAGAAUGGAACUGGAA